UCCUGUCGAUGCUCGGUACAUGAUGGCAUUGUUGUCUCCCCCUCCUAUUGUUUUCCACUGGUAACCCCAGUUAGCCCUCAAAUGUCAGCAUUUCUCAAGACUAGUUCCUUCUUCAGGUUUCGGCUAAGUUCUUCCAUUUACUAACACGACGGAAAUGAUAAACAGCCUGGUCGUGGUGGAAAAAGUCGGUCCAAUGUGCAAAGCAAGUUCCACCCCACUCAAACAAAAAAAAAAGUCUCGAAGCGCGAGGGCAGAUUGGUGUGCGUCACCGUACGAUCGCCAGUGAGCCAGUGCUAGCCUGCAGGCCUGAAACCAUUGUCUUCUCCCUCCCUCACCACCCUCCUACCCUCUUCCCAGAGCUGAGGCGGUGGGGUGGUGUUCACAGCUUGUUGGAGACUGGAGCUCGGGCUCUGGUGGUGCUGCCGUGAUAGUGAGCAGACGAUAAAGGAAACAGAAGCCAGUGGCCCAGCUGCUGGAAGUGAUGGCGACGGGCCGGUAAAAGUACUCGUCAGUCCCAGCAGCAGGCUGAACAGUGCUCAGUCUGACACGCCAGAGCGAACAUUAACCCCUUGUCUUCUCGAGCCAUGACUAUAAUGAUGUGGAAGACGAUAAAGCCAAGGUGGUGGAAGCCAUGACACUCCUGACGAGACUGAGUGUGGGUCAACAUCUUUGACAGCACCAGCUACUCACACAGCCGUCACUAAGAAAGUCAGGAAACCACGCCCAUUGUCGGCCAUGAUCACGCCGCCAUCUCAACCGCAAAGAUCAGGCUCAGCCACGCCUAGUAAACAGCUCGAGGUCACGCCCACUAGCCGAAGCUCCGCCCUGGAUGCCAAGCUGAGUGCAAGCGUGCCACGCCCAGCAGCCAGGCGCUCUCUGUCCACGCCUCUGGGCAGGUCGCUGUCUUUUCGUGCUCCCAGAACGAAAGAUAGGAGGUGGAGCGACGGCCUGGCCAGUGGGUUGUCCACCUACCAGGAGGACUUUCAGCCCCCAGAUAUCCUGUCGCGCAGAUUUUAUGGCCUUAACCUCGAAAUGUCGGGACCUACAGACGACCUCGGCGGGGUUCCCUCUCUCACUACAUAUCGCGACAGCUUCCAGUGGCGUUCGCCAGACCGUCUGAGCCCUCGUUCGCCCGAAGUCAGUAGCAGGAACGGCGACUCCCCUUCUUCUGUUAAUGGCACUGCUGCCAGAACUCGCCUCCCCCGACCGCGACAGUUAUCUGCGCUUACCACGCCCACCCCGAAGCACCCGGCCGAUGGAAGCAGCGAAAGUAGCGCGCGCACUGCGACUGUGACAGACAGAAGUGAAGGACGACCAGAAGAGCAGCGGACGCCCACAUCAGUCCGCCGCCAGAAAAGUAAUCCCGGAAAUAGCGUCGUCGUUUCUGCGACACACGUUGGUCUUGCCCAGGAGACUCCCUCAGGCAAGUCGCAACGUUCAGUGGUGUCAAAUGGAGACCUGUCACCAACGGUCAACUGUGACGCAAGAACUGUUCCCUCCUCGGAACACAGUCCUGCACCUCACAGACUUCGCGGCCUGCAACUCCGAUCAUCGAAGGGCGAUAACGCUUUUGUGUACGGCUCCCACCUGGGCUCCUGACAUCUGCAGCACUACGGUUGUUAGCUAGAGGGUGAUACACGGUAAGGCAGAGGGGUGGGUGAGGAACGACCACUUUUAACUUUCCUUCCACCUGGGAGAUGCCACCACUCGAAAAGAACAGAAAAUGUCGCCAUUGCCAACAAAAUGCUGGGCCCGCGGCGAGUUGCUAUGGUGACACGGGCGUCAGGGUAAGGUCCUUCCUCUUACCUCGCCCUCAAUUUUAAGUACAGGGUAUUCCUGAGAUUCUGAAAGACAAAAAUGCGAGAAGACGAGAGAAGGUUCCCUGUGAAUUAAAUGUCGAAACUUGGUAAUAAGACUUGAACAAACUGUUUCUUUGGUAGUCAGUAUCCUCUUGAAAGGGGCUGGAUAAUUGAUAUUAUUACAAUAAAUACAAUGUAUUUAAGUAUAUUGUCUGUCAUUUUACUAUCAUUAAAAAAAAUAUGUAGCUCCCUAAAAGCAAACCAAAAAGUGCAAAUCAAAACGGCUUUUUAUUUCAGCAACUGCAGCCAUUUCAUUCAAAAUCAGAACACACUCCUAUAUCAGCAACUCCCCACAAAAAAUCAAUCAAUAACCUCGUUUGACAUGCCCCAACGUUCAUUUAUCACAGAGGAAGACAAAAACUAUAAAUUUUAUACAUUACGUAGCACUCCCUCCCGUACAAAAAGGAGAAAAAAAAACACGAAGGGGUAGGUGGAACCACCGCCAUCAUUACUAUGCAAGCGUAGGUCUUGUGGCCAAAUCUUGUCUUAAAUUUCUUUUUACAACCAUCCCCUCUCCCACUCCUUGCCUCCAUUUUCCCAUCUACACAACUAAUCACAGGUAUCUGCAGUCAUUUCCAUGAGAAAAUGCACAAUAGCACAAAGUUAAGAGAUCAAAAUAAAAAAAUACAAACCCAGAAAACAGAAUCACAAUGAUUAUCGGAUCUGAUUUUUUACUCGACUGUCACUUGUCAGCUGUAUACCUGUUAUGGAUACUCAGGUGUGUUUAUAAAAUGUUUCCCAAAAGUCUUUAAUAAAUCAAAAUUCACGAUGCAUCCAAGACCAGACACCAUGAUCAGCAAACAGACAGA